AUGACGAUCUCAUCAUUAGCACUCUCUAAUGUUGUAAUAAUGCUCAUACUUGUUUCUUUCAAUCUCAAUGUUAGAAUGAUUGAUGCUCAAGUUGCUCCUCAACCUAUUUUCAUUGCUGUGACCAUCCGCAACCAACUGAUCCAUUUGGAUCUUCAAAUUGAUUGCAAGAAUAAUAGAAAUAAAGAUGAACUGAAGCAAACGGUUCCAGCUGAUGGAAGUUGGACUUUCAAAUUCCUUCCAAUCCUUUUUCACGAUAUUUCGUACUCCUGUAUCUUUUCUUGGAACGAUGGGAAGAAUCAAAGCCAUAACUAUCAAAUUUAUAAUCAAGGCCGGGAUGAGAAGUUGUGCCACCAAGAGUGUGAUUGGGAAAUCCACGAGACCGGUCCAUGUAGGGUUUCGGGGAAACGUGCUCCUGAAUGUCAUCCUUGGGAUCGUCCUAUGUAA